GUUUCCUCUUCCGCCCAGCUCCCUGUCUCUGAGAGGUGCAGCUCUUAUUUAUUGCAUUUCUGCCAUUAACGGUCAGAGACACUGACAUCCUCAUCCUCAACGCUUCAUGAUGUCUACAGCUCCUGCUGUCUGCCUCUUCAUCCUCGCCUUCGUCCUGGCAAGCGGAGAUGGAAGAUUCAUCGGGCCUUACUCUCCACCUCUGAAAACCUCCAGCCUUUCAAUGACCAAAAACAUGUGCUCUGACUGUGCCAGGAUCAUAGAGCUGUUUUCUGAUAUGCUUUCCCAUCCAGAUACACAGGACAUGAUCCAAGAAACUUUCCUGGAUGUUUGUCGCCGUCUCCCUCCUGGCUGGGUUAUUAACGACUGUUUGGAUUUCGUGCGAAAUCAUCUGCCGACAGUCAUACAGAGAUUCAUUGCGUUCACUGCUCUUAGGGAGGGAGAGAUAUGCACGGUGCUCGGACUGUGUGCUGUACAGCCAGAGCACAAUGCUCCGGAGUUGCUCAAUGUUGGGUUGCAGGAAGUGCAACCUUUCAGAGGGACCGCUCAGGAGUUACAAGUCAGCCCACAGUGCACCUUCUGCCUUUUCCUCAUCAAAAAACUGGAGAGCAUGCUGCCGAAAGAGCGAACCGAAGAGACUGUAGUGAAGCUUCUGGAGAAAAUCUGCGACCACUUGCCUGAACACUACAAAGAGCAGUGCACUGAUAUUCUGGAAAAUUACGGCAAGCAGAUCAUCGACUUCCUGCUCACGUCUGCCACUCCGCACACCAUAUGCAUGUUCCUGCACUUGUGUCUAGUCCAGGAAACACCUGCUCUGGAGCCGGUCUUGCCCUCAGACUGUAAAACCUGUAAAGUCCUCAUGAUCCUGACUCAGAUUCACCUUGGCCACAAUGCCACAGAGACCCAGAUGACCUCUUUGCUCUGGAAGACGUGCCACGUUCACCCCAACACCCUUCCAGGGUGUGAGCCGUUUAUCUAUAGUCAUGCCACGAAACUAGUGAACAUUCUGAGCAAACAAGAGGAAGCUGUAAACACAUGCCAGAAGUUCUUCUGUGCUGGAAAUGAAUAACAUGAUGGACCUUAAAGCAAAGAACCGGCUCAGUUUCUCCUGCUGUCUUGUGUUUUACAAUAUUAAACUUGAUUAAACUUUUUUUCAUACACAGUAAUGAGAAGAUGAUCAUGUAGUCAAAUAUGUGAUUAUUUAAAAAAAAACUGUCUGUCUUUUUCUGUAAUGGAAAUGUAUAGAGAAGAUUUUUAAAUAAAUAAGUCCUGAUGGAUCUGCUGAUCUUUUACUGCAGUUUAUAUUUUACACAUAUACUAUACUGACUUGUUUUAUUUUUGAUUGAUUGCUCAACUUUCCUUGUAACUUCAUAUUAUUAUUAUUAUUAUUAUUAUUAUUAUUAUUAAUAGUAGUAGUAGCAAUUUUCGAUAUUCAAAUUCAAGCCAUAUCUCAGAUUUCAACACCAUGACACUAUGGAGGAAUCAACAUUUCUGUAUGUAAAAAAUAAUAAUAAAGUAUAAAAAUGUCAGAGCAGGUGA